AUGCUGAUCUUCCCUCUCUAUGGCAUCUGUGCCAUCGCACUAACCGGUCUCUUUUUCCCCUGGAUAGAAGCACUCCAAGAGCCGUCCAUCGCACUCUUCUACUCUGCUAGUGCAAUCUCGCAAGACUACUUCAAGGAUUUCAGCGACUGGCUUCAACUUUCGACAAAAGAUGCUGGACGCGUCCUCAGUCGUUCCUUUUCCUCGCUUCCUCUGGUCGUAUAUCUUCCUACGCCGAGCAGCAGCAACAGCAACAUCUGGAACGGGACAAAGGAAUUCAUCGUAAUUCCAAGUGACUCGUCACUAGCGACCAUAAACCAGCUUGAGAAUUCACUUAGUCUAUUGACUCCGUUCAAGGUCCAUCCUCCUCGUUUUCCUCCUCCAUUUCCAGAUCAUGAAAGUGGAAGCGCGGUUUAUAAUGAUGCGGGUGAGGCAUUUGAUACGGAGGAACUGACUAAUUCCAAUGAUGGUUUACCCUUGUUUCUUGGGCUGGUGCUUUCGGUGCUUGCGGCGUACCAUUUAGUGAUUUAUCUUUUGUGGGAAAGGAAAUUGGCAAAACUCAAUCGACGAGCGGAUGAGGCGAAGGCGAGGGCAUUGAAUUCCUUGGAGGAUCUCAGCAAGGCCAAGAUCGUGCUCGACAAGACGGAGGAUUUGUAUCUGAAGGGGGUUCUGGGUGGUCUCGAAUCGACAUCGAAGCAAUCUGAGAUAAGAAGCAGCAGUAGCAGCGAGGCACAGAUCCAAAUCCUAGAGCAUCUCUACGUAUUGGAGGACUCUCCAUCUGCGGCAGCGCCAACCCUAUUCUCGUUCAAGCGGUGGACGAUGCCAAAAUCGGAAUUCGAAUCAACGUACGGCGCUAUUCCGCGCGCUUCUUCCGCUGAGCGCUCGAUUGUGGUGCCACAAUUGCCAAUCGAUGAAUCUUCGAAAAGGAAGAGGUCGGAUUCCGAUUCUGGAAACGGGAACGACGACAAGGGUCCUGCAGUGCCAAGAAAUGUUCAUUUUCUGACUCGACAAUCAGACAGCGGUGGCCGCUCGACAGUCAUACGUGUUUCUGAUCAUAGCUUGACCGUGGUACCGAAUCUCCACGUCGAGAGGCCUUCAGAGCGUAAAAGGCGAUCCAUCCCGAAGUCAGCUAGACAUCCACGUCCGCAACGCCUUCCAUCGAGACCCGCCGUCCUUGGCAUAAUCAGAACACCGCCCAUGGUAGAUAUCCACGCCGGGGAUCCUUCAGAUACGAAUCUAGGGCGACGAGAGCAUGUCAUAUAUCCCUCGACUACGGUAGAUAUCCGCGUCGAGGGCGCCUCAGAUCGUGAUCUCGGCGAGCCGCAGGCCUCCAUCCCGUCAGAAUCUAUGCCAUCCGUCUCUAUCAAGAAGACAGCCGAGCCCUCAGCCAUGGUAGAUAUCCACGCCGAGGGCGCCCCUGUCGCCAAAUUUACCGGCGCGGGGAGUCAGCCUGAGCCACCAAUUGUCGAGUCAGGUCAAAACGAUGGAUAUGACAUUUCGACAUCCAUUCAACCAACAAUCCUAGCUCCAAGGACGCCGUCUGCAGCAACAGCAACAGCAACAACAAGGGUCGAGGUGCAAGCCUCCCCUCAAAGUCCGACAGAGUCACCGCAGACAGAGCAGCCAAGCGGUCGUCGUCGAAAGAAUCGGAUGGGUCAACGACAACGACGCAGACUGCGUGAGAUGCGCGAGAAUCGUGGGUGCGAAGCUAUACAGCAGUCCUCACAACAGGGUGACGAGUCGUUCUUCGACAAGUGA